CUUACAGGUCUUUUUUUUGAGUUGACUGAGUUGAAGACAUGCAAGGAAGGCCUGAAUCCACUUUCCCAUUGAGUUAGUUACUUUCUUCCUAUCCUUCCCCGGGCUCUGGCUGAUCCGGCGAUUGACGAUUGCAUUGGUUACGUUGCAUGAUUUUGGGCCACGACAAUCGGGAUUGUUAGCGCCCAUACCGGCUGAUCCACUUCUGGCCAGUAGUUGGUGAUUGACAGUCUGAACAGUCCCAGGCGUCCCUUGAAAUGCGAGUGGAGGGGCACCUUCUCCCAAGAAGCCUCAGGAGGAAAGUAGCAAGAAAAAGCCCAAAGAUACCAAGAAAAAGGACAAGAAAUCCGACACAGAAGAGGAGAAUGACAAACCCGAUGACGACUCAAAGAACGACAAAGUUGAAAAGAAGAAAGAGGAGGAGCCUGUGUUGGAAGAGGUGCGCGUUGCGGGUUACUUGAACCUUUUUGCGGACUUCUUUCACAAUUUUACUGAUGGCUUGGCUAUAGGCGCCUCUUUCUUGGCUGGAAGGUCCAUUGGUUGGGUGACCACCUUCACAAUUCUCUUCCACGAAAUUCCCCACGAGAUCGGAGACUACGCAAUUCUCAUUCAGUCAGGCGUCAAACCCUUCAAAGCCAAAUGUCUUCAAUUGUUAACGGCUGUGGGUGCCUUUGCCGGCUGCGUGUGCUCGUUGUUAGCCGAGGGCGUGGAUGACGCCAUCACAGCUUACAUCUUGCCCUUCACGGCCGGUGGAUUUAUUUACAUCGCCACCGUGUCUGUGAUUCCCGAACUCCUGGAAGGCGCCACUCUCAAGCAAUCCAUCUGGGAGAUCUUGGCUUUGUUGGCGGGAGUGUUCAUGAUGGUGCUCAUUGCCCAAUUCGAAUAGGAUUUCAUUCCACGUGCAUCACUAUGAGCACUAAUCCUUCAGGUUUUGCCUAACGUUUUUCUAAGUUUUAAUUCCAUCUUUAAUAUUCAUUGCGGAUUGGUAACAUAAAAUCAUAACGUAUCCAGAA